AUGGACCCCAGCGGAUUAAACACAUCUAAGGAUGCUAUAGUCGGCAAUAACCAAAAGUCUGGGACCUUCUGGCAACGAGUAGGAGAUUAUUUCUUAGCGGCACUACUUAGAAGAGAUGGUCGUCAAAGUAGAGAACAUCUCCAUUAUAAGCAGAGGUGGCACAAGAUCAAUGAUCAAACUAACAAGUUUUGUGGUGCAUAUGCGGCUGCAGAGAGGCAAAUUAGUAGUGGUCAGAAUGAUAACGAUGUUCUGAAGGUGGCCUAUGACAUCUUCUACUCUGAUCAGGAAUCGAAAUUUACACUUGAGCAUGCUUGGUGUGUGUUGAGGCAUGAACAGAAAUGGCUUAGCCUCAACACCACUAAAGCUUGUGGAAGUUCAAAGAGGAAAAGCGGUGAAACAGGUUCCCAACUGUCUUCCACCAGUGUUACUGACCAUGAGAUCCGGCCUGAAGGUGUCAAGGCUGCAAAAGCUAAAAGAAGUAAUGGUCAGGGGAAGUCGGUUGCUGAUUAUACAAGCGUUUGGAAAAUGAGGCAAAAGGAUCUCGCGAGGAAAGAAAAACUCUCCAAGCUUGCCAUACUAGACACUUUACUUGCCAAAAAAACCACUAAGUGA